AUGCGCCCGAGCGAGAUUGCGCAUGCUCAUGCCUCCACCUGCACUCGAUCCGGCCUGCCUGCGCGUGGCAGCCCAGUGCAGCACGCCGUGGUACCACGCAGCCAGUGUGGAUAUGCUCGCGCCCGCAAUACGAGAGACCCUCGGGCUGGCCGUCAGCAAGCACUUUGCUGUCUGGCUCUGCUCUGUCAAGACGGCGGCCCCGGCGCCAUGACGGCCAUGGCAGCUGUUUCACGCGUCUUGACAGCUGCUACACUACGCGUCUGCCCGCCUCUUUUGCCUGCCAGCGCCGGCAACGAUGCAAAAAAAGCCUCGUGCGUUCAGAGGACGGCGGGCUCUCGUGUCGCAGCGACUGCAACUCAGAUACUUCGUCGAGCGUGCCAAGAUGGGAACACCACGCAGCCGUCUAUGCCCGAAACAUGA